CAGACUUUGUUAGCACUUGUCCAAAUCUUACGCAUCUCAGCGAUAGGAUACAAAGAUAUAUUUAUUACACAACUCAUGAGGAAAUAAUAAACAGGCUGUAAGAAAAAGAAAAGUAGUCAAAUGGGGAAAAACAAGAAGCGGUUUGUGCUUAUCCAUGGGGUCUGCCAUGGCGCAUGGUCUUGGUACAAGAUUAUACCGGAACUGGAAGCUGCCGGUCACAGCGUGACCGCACUGGAUCUGGCUGCAUCGGGUAUAAGCACGAGCAGAGCGGAAGAGAUUCAGUCUCUAGAAGACUACUCCAAACCGUUGCUUGAGUUUCUAAGCUCGCUUGACGAAAAAGUGAUUCUUGUAGCUCAUAGCAUGGGAGGCAUACCGGCUGCUCUCGCCGCCGACAUCUUCCCCCAUAAGAUCUCCGCUAUUGUCUUCUUGACAGCUUCAAUGCCCGACACAACAAACCCGCCUGCUCACGUUUUCGAAAAGUUGGUCCCGAGCAUGCCACAAGAAGAGUUGUUGGACAAUGUGGUUCGCAGCUAUGGAACACCUGAUCGUCCUGCACAUUCUGUUCUUUUCGGACCAAAGUUCAUGGCCAAGAAUCUUUAUCAACUGUCUCCGGUCCAAGAUCUUGAAUUGGCGAAGUUGUUGGCGAGGGCAAACCCUUCAUUAGGUUCGGACAAUCUUGCAGGGACAGAGAGCUUUAGUGAGGAAGGGUAUGGAUCCGUUAAACGUAUCUAUAUAGUUUGCGGAGAGGAUCAGUUAGUGCGUGAGGAAUAUCAGCGUUUGAUAAUCAGCAACUUUCCGCCAAAAGAAGUAAUGGAGAUCAAAGAUGCAGAUCAUAUGGCAAUGUUCUCCAAGCCUAAAGAAGUAUGCGCUCUUCUCUUGGAGAUUGCGGAUAAAUAUGCAUAAAUCAAUCUGAAAUCGCAGUUUCUUCUUUUGUUGUGGCCGUUUAAUGUUUUCAUCACAUAUAGUGUAAAUGUUACCUUCUUACCGUAUGUUCAAGUUUCAGGCUGUCUUUGAUUGAUAAUAGACUCUUUUAGUAUUUUGAAUUAGUAGUGAAGAAGAAAAACAAUAUCACAAUGCAACUUCUCUAAAAAACAACAAAUGAAGACAGAUUUAUAGACACUAGUGAAAAUUGACUGCAGUUAUACAAGGUUCGGACCGAACACUUGAAACUGACCAAGUACGAAGACAAAUAUGCAAGACCUAAGACAAAAGAAACAUGAGUAGCAGUAUAACAAGGUUCUGACGUCUUAGUAAGAACUUGAAACUGACCCAAUGCUCAAAAAGGGACUCUAACAUUGCUCAACCCACUGAGUUACAAAAAUAAUCAUACCAGUACCAAUACUGAUAUCAAUGUUCAAAGUCAAUUAUAACUAAACCAAUCUCAAAAGUCUAGUUUCAAAACCUAGAUCAUCAAAACUAUAGUCAUUGCUCAGUUGGAACCAUUUCUAAUUAUCACAAUCAUCAAGAAAUAACAACACAUGAGUAGUAAUGAGAAUUGGCCUUAUUGAGAAGAUUAGGCUUAUCAACACGGAUUGCCUUAGACAUAUGCUUGUCUUAAUCGAUUUAAUCAUAGGCCAAUACUAAAUACUGUAAGAGAAAAAACAAAAAACAAAAAACAAAAAGAAUAUCAAAUGUAAACAGACAGAAUUGGACUCAGAAUAUAACAGAAUGGUCGGCAAAUAAGCUUUUUACGGCCUAUAUAUUACGACGAACGAGACCUUAAAUCAAUCUUACCAGUCCAGACGAAAAAGAAAAUCACAUUUACAGAUAAGGAAGUCUCAGGUAAAGCCAGCGUUUUUAACAUCAAAGUAAUAAAACUCAGACGGUAAUUCCAUAUUUUAGCAAUAAUCAUCAUCGACUCUUCCCAUUAACAACUCUUACGUAGAAUUUUUUUAAAAACUCAUAAAUUCAACAUGUUAUCGCCGUAAUGGCUCCGUAGAUCACAAGAGAAUCAAGAUCCACAGGUUCCUAUCAGAAAAGCGAAACACAAACAUUCGUAUAUGUCCAAUGUAGCAUCAAGGAUCAUUGCCCAAAAGCUAUCGACGACGUGGCAUCGGACAAUUUCUCAUCAUAAUCUAAAUCACCAAGAAAUACCAACUAAUAAUAAUAACAGAAUCGGCCUCAUUGAGAAGAUUAGGAUUAACAACACGGAUUAAUUCAGACAUAUGCUUGUCUUAAUCGAUUUAAUCAUCGGCGCUGAUUCGAAAUAAACAAAAGAAAGAACACAGAACAAAAACAGAGAAAAAUUGGACUCAGAAUAUGGGUGGUGAUAUAACAGAAUGGUCGUCAAAUAAGCUUUUUUACGGCCGAUAUUACGACGAACGAGACCUUUCAAUAUCAAUCGUCACUGUCCGGUGAACAAACAAAAAAAACAAAUUUUACAUGAACAGGGAAGUCUCAGGUAAAGCCAGCGUUUUUGACAUCAAAGUAUAAAAACUCAGACGGUAAUUCCAUAUCUUUAGCAAUAAUCAUCAUCGAUUCUUCCCCAUUAAUCACUACAAAUCGAUUCAAAAACCGUAAAUUUUAAAAUGUAAUCGCCGAAUUGGCUCCGUAGAUCACAAAACAAAUCAAGAUCUACAGGUUCCUAUCAGAAAAGCGAAGCACAAACAUUCGUAUCUGUCCAAUGUAGCACCGAAGAUCAUUGCCUAAAAAAAGCUAUCGACGACGUGGCAUCGGACAAUUUCUAAUCAACAAUAAACCAAUAAUUAGCAAAACCCAUCAGAAACCCGUGUAAAAUCAACCACACAGAAGCGGACACAGAGACGGUGGGAAGUACGGUAAGAUAACCCGGCCGGGCAGUCCGAAACCCGACCCGUAAAAGGAUCCGGGUUAAGGAUCCGAAUACGGCGGAGACGACUGAUCGGGGAAUGGGAUCAAACCGGAUGCAUUCCUCGUUCAGUCUGCUUCUGCGUAUAAAGUGUCAUACGGCACUUCCUAUCUUUUGGGAAUUCUUCUUCAUCGGGCUGCCAAAUUUUCAAAAUCCGAAAGAAAAAAAGAGAUUCAAAAACUGAAAAACUCUGUCGAAAAUCUACAGAAAUAAAAGGUAGAGAAGAAAGUAUGAAGAUAUUUGAGAGAGGAGAAGAGAAGCUCGAUUUAUAUAUAUAGAGUAUACGAGGCGGCGCAAC